UAACCAUGGUGACACUCUCUACCUACAAACCACAACACUGAUGCAGGGACAGUCCAGUUGUAGCAUUUCUGUUGACACAAGUUUAGCAUGUCGUUUAACAAAUCAAUAUUUAAACGCCGUAUUUUAAGAAACAGGUGUUUCGUUUUCCUGCUUCUCUGACAGCUGCGCAUUUUUAAUGACUUUGCGAAUGUAACACGGAUUUACAGAGUAGCGCUAACAUUAGCGAGCCCUCAUUAGUUUUACGUUAAUUUAAGCUAGUACUUCAAACUAAUACUCACGUGUUAUCGGGAAACAUGGAGACGGAUAUUCAGCAUUAUCUCACCAAGGCGACGACGCAACAGGACGGUGACGCUCUGCAGUCAGCUUACCGUUUAAUGAAGGAUGGAGGCAGCGGACGGACUCCACGCAUCUCACCUGCAUUACACGUCAUGUGUGCGGAAGCAGCUCUACAGCUGGGUUUUUUGGAGAUAAGCACCGCGAGUCUAAAGAUGUACAUUGAAGAUAAUCCACCAGCUGAUCAAUUUUUGUGUCGCGCCUACCUCUGCCAAGGCCAGCUGAAAUCUCGGUCAGCCUCUGGGAACAAUGUGGAAGACUUUGAGGAGGCUGCGGAAUAUUUCCUGAAAGCGAUUGAAAUUUCAAAGCAUGAGUCAAGAUGCCACUUCAUGGUGUUCAAUGCCUCAGUGCUAUAUUUCCAGACCGUUCGCCCUCUUCUGCAGCCGGGGCGGUACCUCCACCUGGUUCGCUCGCUCAGACAGGUGGUGCAAAGUCUGGAAGAGGUUGAAGACCAAGACCACAGCUGGAGGGCGGAACUCAUGAUGCUCCUGAUUAAAUGUGUUGUUGACUCGGGGAAAAUGGAGGAUGCUGCAGCCCUUGCCAAAGUUACUGAAGAAUUCAUCAAGACACACACCCCCCAUCUUUAUUCAAGACUCUUUGCGUUACUGGUACAACACAGUCUGACAGGCGGUGAUGUCAUCAGUGAAAUAAUCAAGCAGGAAACCAGCUUAGCCGUAAUUUACAAAAUACAGGAGUUUAAAAACAGAAUGGAAGAAGUAAAUGAGGCUACACCCAUGAAAAAAGAGGACUGUGCCAAGCUUGAGGAGAUAUUCCAUCUCUUGGUGGAUUGUACCAAAGCAUCCACUGUGUCAGUGAACCAUAGCCACUUACACAGCCCAGUCCCCAUCCAGCCAGCUGACAGAGUCGCCUUCCUCCUGGAGUUAGCUCUGCUGGCCUUGCAAGUGAAGCAUCAGAAAGUGGCAGUCGACUGUUUGACAGAGCUAAAGUUGGCGGAAGAGGCUUGUAUUGGCCAACGCAUUAUCAUGAAAUGUAUCAACAGUGAAAUCAACCUCCUGAAGAAAGGGGCCAAGAUGAAUGACUAUUCUAAAGCCAGCGUGGAGGCCCGGCUGAAGGAGAUAGGUAAACUGGAUCAGUGGUUGCAGUGUGCAGUGAGCGAGGGGGACCCUGGGGCAGUGCAGGCAGUGUGUGCCAUGCAGUGGAGACUCUGCCUGCCUCUUUUGCAGCACAAUCUCAGGAAGCACAUCAAGACACCUCUGCUCAGAGUCAGCCAAGGACUGGAAGACAUCCAGAGUGUGAUGCGGGAGAUGCGCUGUCAAAUCCACUCAGAGAUAGCUGUGAUUGAAGAGGAGGAGGGGCGCCUCGAGGCUUCUUUGACUCACACACAGAAAGCUAUCCGGCUGGAUAACGGGACACAACGUGAACGGCUGUCGUCAGCGUUGCGCCUCCUGCAGCUCAGAGGGACCCUCUACCAAACACCCUCCAGGACUGAGGAUAAAGCCGCUAUGCUUUUGCAGCAGUCCAGGGACAUACACCCUCAAGAAAAGAGAGACAUCCGUCCCAUCCUGGUUGCUGUUGGUCUCCUUUUGGGCCCUGAUGAUUUUCAGAUGGUGCUGGAUGGAGACAAAAAUCCUGCAGACAUUUUUGGAUCUGGACCACUGGCUCAGCUCUCUGCUAAGGCUCAUCAUCACAUUACAUCCUUACAGCGUGUGGAUGGACACCUUGUCAGACAAGAUAGUGACACUGACACCACAGAGAAGAUGAAGUUGUGGGCAACUUUGGUGAAGACAGCCAGGAAAUAUGAAGUUUGGGAUGUGUGCCGAGCCGCCUGUCGAUUCUGUUUGCUUUACGAUGAUGGGAGAUGGAAGAUUUCCAAGGCUGGUGGAAAGAGCAUUCCGAAGACUGGUGAUUGCAGAUGCUCGGAGGACGAGAGCUGUCUUUGUAAUCAAAGCUCUGCAAGGGACUGUAUGCGCCUUUUAGCUGAAAUCUACUUCAUCAGUGCUGAGGCCACAGUCCAAAAGCUGUUAAACGAAGGGGUGCAGCUGAACAGCCCUCCAGUCCCUCCUCAGGAGCCAGGGCUUCAUGUGUCUGGAGAAGACCCACACUGGGUUACUUACAGAGACUGGGUCCAGGAUCUGUCCACUUACGCCACCUCCAACUUCUUGCGGGCAGCAGAGCUGGGAUCAGAGAUCGGGGAGCCAUGGUUGGUUGCAAAUGCAGCCAUUUACUUGUGGAACUACAGCAGCCACUUACUGGCGGCAGGGGAAUACAAACGUCUGCUUGCCCCCUUCCAGAGUCUGGUGGAGAUGCUUCGAAAGCUAGAGUGCCCUGGGAAUCGUGGCCUGGAUAUGCUUCUGUGUAAUGCUGUUGCGCGGGGGUUGAUCGAGCCUGUGUGUGGACCAAAUAUAGUAGAGCCAAUCUUGCCAGCUGAUAAGAGCAAGAACAGAACUGAGAAGGCGGUGGAGAAGACUGGUCAUGGCGUCUUCUUAAACCCUGCUGCUCUGCAGGAUGUCAAAAGGGCAUUAGAGCUGUGUGACUAUGCCCUUCACAUAUCCAACUGCAACAUCCCAGGAGAGAGAGUUCCUAUUGCGGCAAAGAAGCAGGUGGUGGCCACUUGGGUGCAGAUCAAGAUGCUUUUGCAGCAGCAGAUUGGCUCAAAGAUUGACAUUAAAGAUGAGUGUGCCGAUGAGGAAGUGUUGGCGAUGACGCGCGUGCUGGUUGGAGUGGAGAUGCUCCAGUGCAAUAGGAACCCGAGGCAUAUGGAGUUCUCUGCUCCCAGUCUCUCCACAUUGGUGACCAUGACGUCAGAAAGCAGCUGGACAGAUGCCACGGUAGAGUUGCAGGUGUGGUGCCAGCUGGCUGCCUUCUGUCACUCUGCCAAGGAACACAGCUUGGUGUUGCGCUGCACUGAUAGCGCUCUGCAGCUGGAAGAAGCAGCAGCAAAGAACAUCACCACUAUGCCUUUUCUAUUGAAUGACCUGACCGUGGUGAACGAGAUGCUGAGCAGUGCAGCCUGUUUGAGGGGUUUGAGCUUGGUCCAUAAAUCUAAUGGUGAUCUACAGACGUACAGAGAGGCUAUGAAUAUGCAUCUAUCCAGUGUCAGCUAUGCAGAAAAGGCUGAGAAUCCAGUGUUGUGUGUCACAGCUGCCAAACAUUACUGGAACACCUGUCUACCCUUGACACAGAAUCCUGAGGAAAGAUGGAAACUACAAGAUCCUCUGGAGAAGAUCCUGAAUGCUCUUGUUCAGACUGCAGUCAAACACGCACAUAAACAGGCCAAGGCAAAAGGCUCUCUCACCUUGAGAGGACUGUCGCUUCAGAGUUCUAAACAGGAAGCAACAGAUGAAGAGGACCUAACCCUGAGAGCAGCCAUGUACAGUUUGUUGCUUCAUAUUCAUACUGACAAAGCUGACUGGAAAAGUGCUCUGCAGCUGCUGGUGAAAGCUAAUAGAGACAUGCCUGAGCCCAAACAUAGACUACCUCUGCUCAAACACUUCAUAAUGCUGAAAGCAAGACGGGGAGAAAGCAUACUGAUGGACAUGCAAAAGCUUCAAGAUGAAGGAGAGCAGCACUGUUCACUUACGUGGCAUCAGGUGGCACUGUGUGCUGGCAAUAUUACCCAGCAGCUUACCUGCUACCAGAAAUCCAUCACAUCUCUGUUGAGCACAGAGUCUGAGUGGCAAAAGGUCGACCUUGUCCUUGAGUUUGGAGAGUGGCUGUUCUGUCACAACUUUCCCAAAGACAGUGCCCAACACCAGGUUCAAUGGGCCAUAGACUGUCUGCUACAGCUGGAACCUGAACAGGCAGAAGGAGCUGAGGAUCAGUCCAGAAAAAGUACAGUGGAAAAUGAGUCACUGAUAGGAGUCCAAGACAUGUUAUUCAGGGAAAAUCUGUCCAGUCUGAAGGAAGUGCGACGCCUGGACUGCUUAGUACGAGCGCACACUCUGCUCGCCGUCAUGGCCGACAGGGCUUCACCCGAGCACCAGCUCAACCUGCUCCGAGCCUACGCUUUUGUACUUCAGAUAUGGCAGGUUUCCAUCGCCACAGCGUAUGAGAUUUCCAGUGAAAUGCCAAAGAGUCAGCUUCUCAACCCUCCUCCCUCUGCUGGAUCCAAAAAGGGCAAAGACAAGAGCAAGAGCAAGAAAGAUGUUAAAACAACACCUGCCGAGGAAAGACCUAAACCUGUUGUCCUGGAUCAGACACUUCCUUCCUGCCUAGAGGAAUGGGCACGCUACAUCUGUCCCGACCAGGCCAGGCAAAUAUUCAGAGGCAACUCUAACCCCCACUGUAUCAGUACACACAGCAUUACUAACCAGACUCGAAGCAUAUUUUACCUUAAUCUGCUGGAAAAAGAGCUGCACUCCCUCUCACUUGAUCACCUGACCCUGCCCAUCAUGCAUCUAGCUGAAACUAUUGCCGAUGACCUUCUGGAAAGGAGGGGCCUCGCCGAUCUCUGCCGACUUAGAAUCCUGAGGAUCUGUUCUCAGCUAGGUCUGGAGACAUAUUCACCAUAUCAGGAGAAUCUCCCACAUUUGUGCAGAAUCCAGGAACAAGAGCAAAUGGAGUGCCACAGAGUCAUUGCUCUUUCAAAGGAGACACACGUCAGUUACAGUCCUCAUAAUCAGAUAACUGAGCUGGAUGUAAAGGUUGUGUCUGAGCAACAGAUUAUAAAUGUAAGUGCCCAGGAAAUUUGGCUGGACAAAGCUGAGGUUUGCCUCAGCAUGGGGCUCCAUCAACAGGCUCGACAGCUCCUGGCAGAGGCUCAUUUAGUAGCUAGGGAGCUUGGGGAUCAGAAGGCAGUGGCAAGAGGUAUUCUCAGUCUGGCAACUCUGGCUUGUGAUGAGCAGAACCAUGCCCAAGCUCUGAUCCUGCUGAACAGAGCCAAAGCGCUUGGUGGGGAUGAGGAGUUUUGGUACCAAUUCACCCUCACCAAGGUUAGAGCUGUUGUAGGCCAGAGGCACCAAGAUGCACAAACUGAGGCCGAUCAGAUCAUAAAGCAAGGCUGUGAGGCCCUGACGUUGGUCCUGGAGCAGCGUGCAAACAGAGUCCCAGAGCUCACAUUCUUGAUCACAUCAUUAGAGAUGAGAGGGGAAAUGGAAUGCAUUCGUGCCAUUGGUGGUGGUGAACCUGUAGUGACACUCUGCCAUGAGACUGUCCAGAGGCUAAUGGCUGCCUGCGAGACACUCAGAGAGUGUGCCAGUCGUUUCACUAAACUCGGCUAUAAACAACAGGCGGCAGAGGCACAUGCAGAGUAUGCACAUGGUGUGAGAAUUUUAGCCAACCAUGCAUCCAAUAAAGAGGAGAAGCAGCGCUUCCUGCUCGAUGGUCUCUCCCAAAUGCAGCUGGCUGUCACAGUACAGGAGCAUGUGGUGCUCAAUGCUCAGAGCUUGCUCACGCAGCAGGAUGAGACUUGUGGAAUGUCGCUGGCAGCUAUGCGAAGGCUGCUGCGCCUGCGACUGGACCUGGCAGAAUUUUGUCUGGCUGUGCUGGAGGAGCGCUGUGCUGAGGAGAAAUGCCAAGCUCUGGCUCGUGAGCGGAAGACCUCUGCUGAGAUUGCACUGGAGGAGUUCACACGCCGCACACCUGAGCCAAGCUCAAUAGAGCAGGAAUGGCUGAGUGUGGGCAUUACUUUGGGGCAGGUGGCUCUUGUCCAGCUGUCUGCUGUAAGCUCUCACUCUUUCGACAACAUGGAGGGCAGAGCUCGCUGUCUGAGUCUGAUGGGGAAGUACCUGAGACUGCAGGCUGUGCAGGAGGAUCCCAUUUAUGUGUGUGCUCUGUGGGACAAACACAAGCAUGAGGCCUGGUCUAAACCCAUCUUUGUUGAGGAUGAGAAUUCAGAGAAAGAACAAAAAGGACAAUCGAGCGGAAAACAGCAGAGGAUGACCCCUGCCAGUGCUGCGCUGAAGCAAAGAAGGCUUAAAGCCCAGCAGCUGUUGGCACAGGCUUCUAACGCCCUCGCCGACGCCGUCAGCCUGUGUCUCCAACAUAACCUGCCAUCCUUCAUCCUGGCUGAUGCCUGUAUCAACAUGCUGGACUGUCAUGGCCAGUCUGAGCCGGCACUGGCAGGUCAAUAUCUUGCCCUCUUUCAGACUUGCUGCACCAUGUCAUCGAUAGCCGACGUCCUAAGUUCUGCCUGUGCUGACACUAGUGUGUCGCAGCUCUCAGCUCUGCUCAGUCUCCACGGGAAACUGCUCCUCUCUCGGGAGGAGAGGCCCAGCAGCAUGCUGAGGGGAGUGGAGGACUCUCUUAACAGCCUCGCCAAGGGUUUCAGGCAGCGGAAUAUUAAUCCCAAACACCUAAACAUCCUUGCAGAGCUACCACCCAGCCUGAAAAUCCUGCUGCUUCAGCACUCUGAAGAUGGCUCAGAACUUUAUGGGGCCUUCUAUGAGAUGAGCAAAGUUCCAGAAAAUCAAAAAGGAAAAACCACACAGCUUACAGGUAACCUGAUGUGCUCAAGAUUGGCCAAGGUUUCAGUCUGCCCGCAGGCUCUGUUGGCUCUGAGGGAGCAGAUUCAGGCUUUUGGUCAGGAGACCAGACAUGCCCUCUCCAAGGAGGUCUGUGGGCACGGUGCUGAGAAAACUGCAUCAGAUGAGACAUUAGCACCUCACUUCUGCAAAAUCGUACAAGACAUGGAAGACUAUUUGCUUCCUCUGCUCACACAGUUUGACUUCCCUUGCUUAAGGCCCCGGGCUGGAGCAGAACCAUGUCUUGAAAUGACAAAAUGGAAAGAUAAAGAUGAAAACGUUAAAUUACUCGCAGACCCAGGUGAGCAUUUGGUGUUGCUGGCAGACAGGAAGUUGCUGGACUUGCCACUGGAAUCCCUGUCCAUCCUGCAGGAGGAAGGUCUGAGCUCUGUGUCACGGGACUUUUCCCUGCAGCUUCUUCACAGUCGACUGAACAGAAACGACCUGGAGAAAGUUGAAAGUGACAACAAAAAGGAGACCAGAGGUGGAAAGGGAAGCAAAGGGAGGGGAGAUCAAAGCCAAAGCAUCAAAGUGAUCCCUGCCUCGCCUUCAAACACUUUCCCCGUUGACACACGGAACUUAAAAUAUAUUGUGGACCCUUACAAUGACGGCAACUAUGAAUGGACAACUCUGACCAGAAGGAUGACGGAGAUCUUGGAAGCCCACAGUAAACAUUUCAACCAUCUGUGGGAGGGAUUCACGGACAGCAAACAAAUACCCUGUCUAUCAGAGGUGGAGCAGUUGCUUUGCAAAUGCAGUGCCUUUAUUUACCUGGGGAGGGAGCACUUCCUUGCAAGCGUCCCACCUGCCAAACUGGCAACCCUCAAUCUCUCUGAGUGUCGAAUGGCUCUGCUGUUUGAGCAGAACGACGCCAGACCUCUCCACCAGUCGAUCCACGGGACACACACGAGUGCGAGACAGUUUUCCCUGGGGAAAUCUCAGGAGACUGCUCUGCUGUUGAGUGUGGCCGGUGUCAGCUGUGUGGUGCUCAAUCAGUGGCACAGCAGCCUUCAACGGAACACACACAAUUUGGGAACUGCACUAGACACAGAUCUACUGAGGGACAGACAGACCUCUGGUCAGAUCAUCCACGCCUUGAGGAAAAGAAGCAGUCCAAAGACACUUCAUCACAAGGUUACCGCCACUGCACAAGAUCCAGCGCAGCUCACUGACGCAAAAGAAAACGAUGUUCCGCGCAAAGUGACUGUCACACCGUCAGCCUUCAACUGUGUAAUUUAUGGACUCCCUAACUUGAUUUUUGUGUAAUAUAAUGUUUCAUUCUCACUGACACUUGACUACAGGUUGAGAUGUCAGCCAGCUUUAAAAAAUAUCUAGUGCAUGUGCAGAAAUCUAUGGCAGGUUAAAGAAAAUCAUGAAUAAUGAUUCAUUACUUCCCUUCCCUGUGAUUUAGUUUUUUUUCCUUGACAUUUGCAAUAUUAGCAUACAUCAUUCAGUAUGCCUGAUUCCACAGUAAUACCACCUAUACAUGGCUUCUAUUAUUAAAAUAUCAAUGUUACUGCGAACAGACAAAUUACACCUUAAGGAUUACUACCUUAAAUAUGUAAGGUACGUAGCAGACUUUCCAUGUGAGAAAUAUUCAUACACAGAAAUGUAUGAAAUCCUGCAAUAAAAAGACUGACUGAGACGCUG